AAGUUAUCCCUGACAAAAAAAAAACUCUCUACCCUAAACUAGGACACUUCAAACUUGGAUUUUUGCAAUGUUCCCUAAGCGCUUUCGGGACCCGAAAACAGGUUUUCAUCUGCUGAGUUCAAUGCAUGCUAAGAAAUACCUGAAGAAUGUUGGGGUGGAAAGAGAGGACUACUACUUUUUGAAACAGGUUGGGAAGGCCUUACUUUGCACAUACACCAUAAUGGGGGUUUUCUGGCUCUUCAAAGGGACUUCACCACUGGAGAAACUGGCUCCACGGCUGAAGGAGCAUGAAGAAGCAUUGAAGGAGUUCAUUAGCAAGGGAGGGAUGCUUGGAACCACUAUUGGUCCAAAAGGGAUGGUUGAGAAUGAUAAAGAUACAUGCAACUGCCAGAAUGAGCUGCAGAACAAGAAUCAGGAGGCUCAGAAGCUGUGGUUGCGGAUGAGGAAUGAGGUUGUUGCUGAACUUAAGGAGAAGGGCAUUGAUGUUGAAUGACUGUAGGGUGUACAGUGAAUGCCAAUGUCACUCCCAUGAUAUAUGAACUGAUUGUGUGGCUGUAAUAGUAGAUGUUACGAAAGUUGUGCAUGCUGCAUGGUAAAUAAAGAAGUAGCAUUA